AUGUCUUCCUCAGCGGCGAUCUUCUCUGGUGACCUCUCCUCCAACGACAAUCUCCUCCUGCGACGGUCUCCUCCGGCGACAUCUCCUACUGCGAUGAUCUCCUCCGGUGGAAUUCUCCUACGCCGAAUACAUGAUAGAUGUUGCGAAAUGGCAACUACAACUACUAAAACUGCAGGAGCUAGGGUUUCUGAGGAAGGGGUCGUUGAAACAUUUCAUAAUGAUGAUGAUGAAGCGCUCGAUGCUGCGGAGAAUGGAGUUGCGUUCCUGGUGUACAAGAAGGCACUCCAAAGCACUGGUGUUGAUCCCCAACCUGUCAUCACUGCUGCCAAGUGGAGUAGUAACAGAACUUUCAAAAAGAUAUCAACACAAAACUACUUCAUGGUUGAUAUUAGGUCAGAGAAAGAUAAGGACAAAGCCAGUGUUCCUCACCUUUUGUCUAGUGUGAAAAACAGAAUGAUUUCCAUUCCGUUGGAAGAACUACCAAGCGAGCUCAGAGGACUUGUUAGGAAUGUGAAGAAAGUGGAAGCUGAACUAGCAGCUUUGAAGAUUUCUUACUUGAAGAAAAUCAACAAAGGCUCCAACAUUGUGAUCAUGGACUCGUACUCGGACUCGGCAAAAAUAGUAGCAAGAACAUUAACGAGCCUCGGUUUCAAGAACACGUGGAUAGUGGCAGACGGGUUCUCGAGGAACAAAAGGUGGUUACAGAGUAGACUAGGAACAGAUUCUUAUUUCUCUUCAUUUGCAGAGGUGUUGUCUCCAUCAAGAGUUAUCCCUGCAGCUGUUAGAGGUUUUGGAACAACCUCCCAAUCAAGUGCCAAGCUUCUUCCUGGAGCUGAUUGA